AUGAACUCUCAAAACGCUGGAUUGAACAAGGCAAAGGAGGCUGUAACUGCUGUCAGGGGAGCAACUGACAAAGUAGGAGGAUUCCUUGGAAUUCCAGAGAUGACUUCGGAGCAUGCUACCUAUGAGAAUGCCAACCAACACCAGAGGUACGACUUGAAGAAGGGUGACCUGUCUGGCCAACAAGCAAACCAGCAGGAGUGCGGCCAGCAGGAGUGUGGCCAACAGCAACAGUGUGGCCAGCAGCAGCAGUGUGCACCAGAGCAGCGUGGCCAGCAGCUCCCAUUCCAGAGAUAA